GGGUGGGGCGCGGUGAGUGGUGGCUGUGUGUCGUUGUCCCCCGUGUCCCUCUCUUUCUGUGUUCCCUUUCUCAGCUGACCUUCUUCCCCAGUGAAAACAGGGGCAACACCAGUGUCACUGCUGCUCCUGCAAACCUUGGUGCUGCAGUGAAGUGCUCAGUGAAGUCACUUGCUCAGCACCAUUUGUCAGUGGAAAGAGAGCCCAGGCACCUUGAAUUGUGCCACUCUCACUGAACUAUCUGUGUGUCCUCAUGCUUGCUGUGUGCUGUGCCAAGACCUCUAAUUUCACCUGAACCCACAGCUGCCAGCCCUCCUCUGAAGCCAGGAUGACAGAGCGGAGACUCCUUAUUCUUUUUGGCAGCCAAACUGGGACUGCUGAAGAUACAGCUGAGAGAAUUGGCAGAGAAGCCAAGCGCCGGCACUUUCGGUGCAGAGUGGAGGCUCUGGACAGCUAUGAUGUGGCGAACCUCAUCAAUGAGCUGUUGGUGGUAUUUGUGUGUGCAACCACUGGACAGGGUGACCCACCUGACAACAUGAAGAUGUUCUGGCGGUUUCUGUUCCGGAAGAACCUGCCGCCUACUUCCCUUUGCCAGAUGGACUACGCCGUUCUGGGCCUUGGUGAUUCCUCCUAUCCCAAGUUUAAUUUUAUUGCCAAGAAGCUGCACAAACGGGUGCUACAGCUUGGGGGCAACCCCUUGCUUCCAGUUGCACUGGGAGAUGACCAGCAUGACUUGGGGCCAGAUGCAGUGGUUGAUCCGUGGCUCCUGGCCUUAUGGGACAAGAUCCUUGCUCUGUAUCCUCUCCCUCCUGGCCUUGAGGUCAUCAGUCCUGAUGUACGCCUACCUGCUAGAUACACCCUACACUACCUGGCUGAGGACUCCCUGCACCCUGACAACAGCCUGCUCCAGCCAACACCACCCAGGGCUCUUCCUUCUGAGCUACAUCCUUUUGCUGCCCGGAUGGUGUCCAACCAGCGUAUCACAGCCGAAUCCCAUUUCCAGGAUGUCCGGCUCAUUGAGUUUGAUGUCGCAGGAUCAGGGAUCACGUUCAGUGCUGGAGACGUGGUGAUGAUCCAGCCCCAGAACUGCCCUGAAGAUGUGCAGCAGUUCUGCCAGCUCCUUCGCCUGGAUCCAGACAAAUGCUUUUUGCUGAAGCCCGUGGAGCCUGACACAGCCCUCCCUGCCCACUUGCUGCAGCCCUGCACCAUCCGGCACCUGGUCACCCACUACCUGGACAUCUCCUGUGUGCCACGGCGCUCCUUCUUUGAGCUCUUGUCCCACUUCUCUACGAACGAGCUGGAGCGGGAGAAGCUGCAGGAGUUCAGCUCUGCGCAGGGCCAGGAAGAGCUGUACAGCUACUGCAACCGGCCUCGCAGGACCACCCUCGAGGCCCUCUGGGAUUUCCCUCACACCACAUCUGCCAUUCCACCUGAAUACCUGCUGGACCUCAUCCCUCGCAUCAGACCCCGCGCCUUCUCCAUCGCCUCCUCCAUGCUGGCUCACCCUGGCCGGAUCCAGAUCCUCAUGGCAGUAGUGCGGUACAAGACACGGCUCAGCAAGCCCCGCCGUGGUCUCUGCUCUACAUGGUUGGCUUCUCUCAACCCAGAGCAAGGUGAUGUCCGGGUACCUCUUUGGGUGAAGAAAGGAGGAAUGAAGUUCCCAGCUGAUCCUGACAUUCCUGUGAUCAUGAUUGGCCCUGGCACAGGGGUGGCACCUUUCCGAGCAGCUAUACAGGAGCGGGUGGCACAAGGACGGAAAGGAGGAGAAGGUCUAUGUUCAGCACCGCAUCCGGGAGAAUGGACAGCUGCUAUGGGAGCUGCUGAAUGGCCAGGGCGCUCACAUUUACCUGGCUGGGUGAGUGAAGUUUCCCCACAGGGACCAGGGGGAGUGGGGCCUUGCAUCGCUGCUUCUCCAGCUCCCUGGAGACUUUCCCAUGGCUCAGCCACCACAGCAAGCACACCCUGCACCCAGCAGGUCUUGGGGGCUACAACGGCUGCUGCAGGGGGACCUGCUGGUUUCUGCUCCCCUUGCAGCCUGAUCAACAAGCCCUGAGUUGAGGGGCCAUUUCUCACCUACCCUGCUCUCCAGUUAGCGGCAGAGUUGGCACUAGGGUAAAUAUGCUUGAGCUGACCCUAUCCUUCUACUGUCCCCACCACCAGUACCUGAGGCUGGUGCCCUCUGAGUGGGAGCUGCCUCAGCUCUGACCCACAGCAAAUCCAUCUGUGGCAGAGCCCUUCAUCUUUUCAUACUGCUCUCAAACUGGGCCAAAGAACUGCCGUUCUGCCGCUUGGGUGGGAAGGAGGCUCCUGAAGCAGUAUGUGACAGGGCUGCACCUGUGCUGUGGCUCUUGAGUGGCUGCUUUUGGGACUGUCUGUCUCUUUGGACCUGAGAUUGCCUCCCUGGGGCAGCUCAGCUGCUCACCAGGUGCUUCACCUGAGCUUCUUGGAAAUCCUCAACCAGUGGCCAAAACGUGGUGUCCAGGAGCUGGGAGCAUUCAGAGGCAGAGUGUCUGCAGCUCUGUUCCUGGCUCUGGGGCUCUUUUCCUGGACUAAUCCUUUCACCUGCCUGCCCUGGUGCUGCUUGGGCAGGGAGGAGGCUGCCCAGGAAAGAGCAUUGUGAAAGGCUUCAGGCUCCACGAGCUGGCAAGAGAAGCAAUGGUGUUUGCCCUGCACCUGCGUGACCUGGAAGGCAGGACUCAAGCCCCACAACUGUGCCUUGCUGUUGACACGAGCAGUGAUUGCAGGAAGCUCUUACCUGCAUGUCUCGCACUUCCUGGUGCCUUGCAGAGUGAGACUGGCCUCGCUGCAUUCCUGGGAGAACGAGAUUUGUGUUUACUACUCAGGAAGGGGCUGCUGGCUGCCUCAUCGCUCCUGUGCUGGCGCUGCUGCCUGCUCUGCUGUGCCUCCCUGCACUGCGGGGCUUUCUGAGACCCAUAACCCACAGAUGUGGGGCUCGGCUCUGGUUUCUUUCCACAGGCUGUACAUCUUGGGUAGAGCAGAACCUGCGUGGCUCCCUGGUUUGCGGGAUUUUGGAGGGGCCGUGAGGAUGGAUGUCAGGUCACUCUGGGACCUGCCGGCAGGGGUGGGCUUUGACCCAUGGUUUAACCCUGAGCGAGCAGCUGGGGACUUGGAGCUGUCCCUCCUUGCUGGUUGUGCCCAGCUUAUCCAGCCCAGGGCCCCUGUGCUGAGAGUGUCUCUACUCCUGCAGAAAAUAGAGAUUUGGCAUCUUUUCCAUCACAGACACGGUUCCAGUAUCUUGCACUUGCAUAUCAAUGCCUGACUCAGAAGCAGUACGACUCUUCUAAAAACAGAAGACCUCCUUUCUGUGUAUUUUGAGACAUUCAUCAGCUUCGACGCAAGUCAGAAUUCUCCCUGGUUCUUGGGAAACAGCAAGGACAUGCUUGGGCCAAUUGGAGCUGCCUGGGAAUUUUUUUGUUGUUGAACGUUUUUUUGUCACACAGCUCAUCAAAUGAAACUCCCAGAAAAAGUCUGAAUCCCUUGCUUUUCCCAUUAGAAAUAAUCGCACUUGGAAGUGUU